AUGCCCACAUACAAGGCUAUCCUACUGGAUAUCGAAGGAACGGUGUGCUCGAUCAGCUUCGUUCGCGAUGUUCUUUUCCCGUAUGCCAUUGCUGCUCUCCCGGGAUAUAUCCGGUCCGAGUGGGAUAGUCCAUCCUUCAGACCUUACCGCGAUGCCUUUCCUGAGGACGUAAGGGAUUCUCCGGAACAGCUGAUGAGUUACGUUCGAGAAGUCUCUGAGAAGGACAUCAAAGUGAGUUGUUUGAAGCAGCUGCAAGGACUUAUCUGGGAGUCUGGCUAUCGUGAUGGAGCCUACCAAGCACCAAUCUACCCAGAUGUCUUUCCAGCGAUAAAGCACUGGUCCGAAGAGCUCGGACUGACGGUCGACAUAUAUUCGUCCGGAUCCGUCGCCGCCCAGAAGCUCCUCUUCCAGCACACUGAUGCCGAAGUCAGCGACAUGACCAAAUACUUCUCAGGUUACUUCGACACCGUGAGCGCCGGCCCGAAGACAGAAGCCGCCUCCUACAAGAUCAUUGCCGAAAAGACCGGCAUCAAUGCGGCCUCUUGGCUCUUCCUUAGCGACAACGUCAAGGAAGUCGCAGCGGCAAAACAGGCCGGAAUGGAUGCAGCAAUCGUUGUUCGUCCCGGCAACGCACCCUUGAACCCCGAGGAUAAGGACGCACAUCGUGUUGUCGAGAACGGAUUCGACGAGGUGACGGCCUGGAUCUAA